UUGGAACUCAAUGUCAAGUUUAGUGAAGACUGUUGGAAGAAAAAUUUGUGUUUGUGAUAAUGUGAAUUAUUUCAGAUAAUGUUCGAGGAUACAACAAAUUACGACUUUGAUGAUGAUGAUUUGGCGACCUCCUUCACACCAGUUUUCAGUAGCACACAAGGACUCUCCCAAAAACAAAGUAAAAUUGAAGAGUUGUUACCCGAGAAUUCGAAGAAAUUCAAAUUGGAUUCUGACAUUGCCAAUAAUCAAAAUAAGCAAAGACAGCAUCUAGUGAUAAAUCCCAAACUUGAGUUAUUGUCUAAAUCAAAAGACAAUACCUUCAGCUCUCCAAGUAAAGUGGUGAAAAGAAUAUUUCCUGGUCCAGCUGGACUUCUGCCUGAUAGACAAGAAGGACAUAAGUCAAUAUCAGAGCUAAUUUGUGAAGAUCAUGUUGAACAAACAGAUGAGUUCCUGUUAUGUUCUCAAAGAACAAACUCUGUAUUUGAGAAUGGUCCAUGGAAGAGCAUGACUGAAGACUUUUCUUCUCCCAAUAGUGUGCAGUUGUAUGAAAAAUUCAGUAUAAACUGGAUAAAGCAAAGUUCUGCUCUGAAGAAGCAGGUUGCUAGUUACAAUGCCCCAUUUCUUGCUGCUAUUAUACAGAGUGUUACUAUAGAUGAAGGCAGUAAAAUACCCACUGUUAUUGUAACUCUGAAGGAUUCUACAGGAGUGAUAGAAGGAACCAUUCUUUAUAGUCUCUAUGAAGAAAACAUAGCAGGAUUUGUUGUUGGAUCAGUUUUGGUUUUGAGACAAUUUGGGGUUUUGAGUAUGGAGGACAGUUAUUGUGUUACCAUCACUCCAAAUAAUUUACUGAGGAUAUACUAUUCAAAAGUUGAAAAGUGCAAAAUGAGGAGUAAUACUCAGGUCAGGCAAAGUAGUGUUGAAAAAAUAGUGUUGAAAGAGUGUAGUGUGGAGGAUAUCUGGAAAAAGUAUGAGGAUUACUUGGUGGAACAGCAGAAAAGUGCAUCAGGAAAACUUCAACAUAAUAGUGAGAGAUCCAAGCCAAAUUUGAGGAAGUUGUUACCAUCAAACUUCAAUACUUGUGUGCCUCUUAAAAACUUUAAUUUGGGUCCUCCUGUUAAUAAUUCUAGAUAUAAAGCAACUAGUGAUAUUAGUCCUAAUCAAACUAAAACUGGUAGCCCAGCAGCAGUUAGUUUAGUCCACCAUUUUAAUACCAGAAAUACUUCUUUGAAACCUAGUAAUACUCCGAGAAUUGUUGGUAAUUCCAGUAAAAAUGGAAAUGAUGUUACUAUAAGUUGUAGUCAGCUGUCAGUGAAAACUGAUAAAGAGCAUACUGAAAUUUGGAAAAAUUUAUUUGAAGAAGUAGACACAGAUGCUCUUUUUGAUGAUUUUUGAUAUUUGUACAUAUUUUUUUACACAGGAUAUUUGAUAAUUUUGGUAUGGAAACACAUCCUUGAUAGUUUUUAAAGGAAAUAAAUGUUACCUGCCC